AUGCAGUUCCUCGGUGCCCUCGCUUGCCUGCUCCUGGCACUUGCCUGCGCGUUUCCAUCUCCCCAAGGACCAGGGAGCUUGUCAGCAUCCGUGUCGUAUUCUUCCUCCAGAGAUGCCGUCCCGCCCCAGAUGGACAUUGACACCACAACCGCCAUGGCCACGACCAACAACAGCACCGAAAUAACCACAUCCGCAUCCGACCGCAAGGCCCUUCAGUGUGAGCCCGACCCUUGCAUCAAGGCGUGUCACCUAGCGUUGACUAUUAUCACAAUCGGCGUCAGUUGUUAUGUUGAUCCCGUACGAUCCAAGGUUGAACUGGGGCGUGAUUCCGCAGGAUGA